ACUUUCGGCUUUUGCGAGCGUGCAUUACACUUGUUAGUUAAAAUAAAUUGCGCAGCUUAUUUAAAUCAACAAAAUGAGUGAUAUCGAUACGAUUGCAAACGCGGGAGAAGCUAACCCGCUCGAGGAAUCGACUAUAACAAUGGUCGAUGUGCUUGAACAGGAAAAGGAAAUGGAGGAAGAGUAUGCCGCCGUUCUUGGCGCCUCAGAUGAAAAGGUCUGCACUUAUUCAAAGGGCCCCAUACAGCGGCAGGCCCUAUAUUCGUGCCUGACAUGCUGCCCUGAGGCUCGGGAAGAUGCAUCUAAAGGUGCUGGCGUCUGCUUAGCCUGUUCGUAUCGUUGUCAUGAGAAUCACGACCUGAUCGAACUCUAUACAAAGCGCAACUUUCGUUGCGAUUGUCCCACUUUGCGCAUGGGCAGCGAGAAACGAUGCGCCCUAAACCCGCAGCUGGAGGCACAGCAGCCACCGAAUGCUGGCAACAUCUAUAAUCAGAAUUUCCAAGGCUUGUAUUGCAAAUGCAAGCGCCCGUAUCCAGAUCCAGAGCGCACCACCGAAGACGUGAUGCUACAAUGCGCAAUUUGCGAAGAUUGGUUUCAUUUGCCGCAUGUGGAUGCGCCAGAGGCGGCCGAGAAAUGGCUGGACGUAUGCAGCGAAAUGAUAUGCGACACCUGCAUGGAGCAGUACGAAUUUUUACGCGAUUAUACUGGCCUGGCACUGCAGCAGCUAGACGGACACAAUGAGUCCAAAGCUUCAGAUGUAACUCUUGAUGACAGCAAACUAAAAUGCGACCUGGAUCGGAGUAUUAGCGAUAUUUUGAACGUGGGUGAGGCUGCAGAAAAUGCAACAGAUGCCGCCGAUAAGGAGAAGCCAUCAACAACAACAGCUGCAGAGCAGUCGGAGGAGCCGGCCAUGAAACGUCAAAGGCUGGCAACCGACGAUUGUUGCCGCCCCAAGCCCCACAAAGAGCACAAGGGCGCCACAUUCUGGACUAACGACUGGCGAAAGAAACUGUGCAAAUGCGUCGCUUGCAUGGCUUUGUAUAAAGCGCAGUCUGUGGAGUUCUUGACCGACGUCGAGGAUUCGGCUAAAUCGUAUGAGGAGCGCGGCAUGAAACGGGCCAAGGAUAAUUCCAGCUAUGAGCAGGGCAUACGUGCUCUGGCAACCAUUGGACGCACACAGCAAAUCGAUGCAAUUACCGAAUACAAUCGCAUGAAGGAUAAGCUAAAGGAGUAUUUGCAAUCGUUUGCGGCCAGCAAGAAGGUGGUUACUGAGGAUGAUAUCAAUCGUUUCUUUGCUGGCAUGCGGAACGAAAAUAAUUCCAAUUUGGGGCAGCCGUAUUUUUGUCGCUAGAUGCCCCCUGAAUCUAAACCUACACCCUAUAUUUAUGUUAAUGUGUAUAGCAGCUUGAAAAUCUUUAGUUCUAGUAACCAUAAUCAUCUUUGCAUCGUACUAUAGAAAUAUAUCUGGCAACUGUCUUGAUUAAAAUGAAAAAGUGAAAUAAAGUGAACAUCCUGAUAUCUCUCA